AUUAUAUUUGAAAAUUUUUUAGGCACAAAUCAGCAUUUCCACAUCAAGUGGUCCAUCAUCGACUUCAAAUACGACCACUACCAGUAAUAAUGCUACUAAUGAAAGUGCUCCAAGUUCUAAUGCAGAAGUUAGACCCACUCCUCAAGUUACUACCCAAACUUCAACAUCUACUGCUGACACUCCAUCAAUUGGAAGAGGACAAAAUCCAUUGGUCUUUAUGGAAGUAUCACCGACAUUAACUAUUGAUAAUAUUGCAUCAAUGGUGACACCUCAACUCAGUAACGCUGGCUCAUUUUUUAAUAUUGUUCCUGUACCUGAGGGACCUUUCUCAGCUUCUAGCUCUCCUAGGAAUACAUCUAUUUCUAGUGCUGCUGCACAAAUAAGAGCACUUGCGGAAUCACGAAAUGAAGCAAAUACAGAUUCCUCUAGAAGUGUGCCCAGAACUACUUCUUCAACUGCUGGAACUUCCUCUAAUGGUCAGGCUCCUCCUCUAAACAUUCCAUUUCGCAGUUUGAUUCCUGUGCCUCUUACAUCGAUGGGAAGCUUGCACACUUUUGAUUCUGGUUUGCCCUGUCAUUCCGUUUGGGCAUUGGAACCAUCUCGAAGACGACACAAUGCUGGCGGAUCUCGAACUCCCAGUGCUCACCAGCAGCCAGCUUUAACUCCUAAUUUUCCUGGAAGACAAGAAGAUCAAUUGCAGCAAGUCAUUAGCAAUAUUGUGAUGUCAUUAUUAAACCACAGUCAUAAUCAGGCUCCUGGUAAAAUAAAUAUUUAAUUGGAUUUUAUAUUA